AUGGACCUUUGGCUCUCACUUUUCAACCUUUGGUGUCUCCUCUCUGGUGAUGAGAAGGGUCCUCCGUGCCCCAUCAAAAGCUCCACUGAGACUGACGUUGAUUUUAACAAGCGCCUCGCAACACAUGAUGUGAGCUCAGAUGUCAUCUCUUUCCGAGAAUGCCAAAGCAUAACCAAGGGACUCCUGGGUAUGGCGGUACACUCAAGUGACCUUAUCCAUUUCACAGGAGUUGUUGACCUGGCUGCCAUCUGGAAGGCACUGGAAGACAAGUACCAGGCAUCUGUCGGCAUUCAUUUCACGAGCCUUAUGGGCCAUAUUUUUGACCUUCCCAAAGCUUCUGAUAGCGACUCCCUUACCAAAACCAUCAGGGAAAUCACAGACAUCAAAGCCCAAUUUAAGGUCAUCGAGUCUUUGGAAUGGAAAUGCAAUGAAUAUACUCUUGUUCAAGCGCUACUACGUGCCCUUCCCGAUUUCUAUGCGCUGCUCUCCCAGCUCAUACUCCACGGUGCUGAUGCCAAUGCCAGAAAGCUUAUGCUAGAAGGUGUAAUCAGCCAGGUCAGAAGUUCAGAGCAGUACUAUGCAAGUUUUGGCUCCACAAACCCACAUGCACACCACACAGCCAUGGCCGCUAGGAUAAUGAAAGCAGGUAAACCUACCAAAUGUGCCAAACCAAAGGAUUUUGAUGCUUCCAAGGGAGAUAAAUGA